GUCCUCUCGCUCUCGGCGUCUCUCGAGGACGAGCAGAUCAAAAGGCUGCUGCCCGGCAGCGGCGACCGCGCGAAAAGACCUCACAAAGCUCUGCCGCUGCCGCUGCUUUCCCGGCCGGAGUCCCAAGGAAAAGCCAAAACGACACGCGCGCGCGCGCGCCGAGAGGGAGAGAGAGAUGCCGAGCUCGUGCGCGCAGCAGGAGCAGGGCAUGGGCUCCUGAGCUGUGAGCUGUGAGCUGCGCCAGCGACAACCGGAUCUUCAGCUCUCUUUAUAUCUCUCUACUUCUUUUGCACCUGCUGGGUAGCGGCGAAGCGGCGAUCUUGCUCUCCUCUGGUGAGCUUCCAUGAUGGACGGCCGCGUCGAUCAGGACCACCUGGAGGAGUUCAUCAUGCGCCACCAGCACCAGGGAAUGGGGAUGCUGGGCUUCCCCGUCGCCCGCAGCGACAGCGAGGAGGCGCCGGGGUCGUCGGAGUCGGAGCCGGCGGCGGCGAGGCCGCGCGGCAAGAGGGCCCGCGCAGCCGAGGUGCACAACCUCUCCGAGAAGAGGAGGCGGUGCAAGAUCAACGAGAAGAUGAAGGCGCUGCAGAGCCUGGUGCCCAACUCCAGCAAGACGGACAAAGCCUCCAUGCUUGACGACGCGAUCGAGUACCUCAAGCACCUUCAGCUCCAAGUGCAGAUGUUGUCCAUGAGGAAUGGUCUGUAUCGGCCCCCAGUGAACCUGCCAGGACAAGCACCUGAGCCUCUGCCAACAUUGCAAAUGUGUACUGCAGCGAUUAACCAGAACAAUGCUGAAGCAUCGAACGCAGCAGCUGACAUGCUGCCUAUGACUCAAAUUUUUGGAGGAAUCUCAGGAACUCGACAUUCGUUCGAUCCUUUGAAUCAGGACCGGCGACAUCAGGAACCUCUUGUCUUACCAAGCAUUCCUUGCACCACCACUCCAGAGCCUCGGUUCCUUCUCGGGUCAUCACAGCCCCACCUUCAAUCCCUUCAGCUAACUGUAUCUGCCGAGAUGAUCCUUCAAGACGAGGAAAUGUUAAAGCAUCACCAGAGUUCAACCCAAGAGAUCACCUCCAUUCCAGGGCACGAGAUGAAGCCUGUUAGACAACAAACACCCCAAGUAGGCACUGCUCAUUUCAACACAUGUUCGAUCUGGAGAAGACAACCCCAAGACAUGAUGCCAAAUAAUACACAAAGCGGCAUGUUUAUGCCGCAACUGCAUAGAUUUCAGAGCGGUGACACUGACCCUGGUCUGAGGGCAGGAUCAAAGUAACUCCAAAAUCAAAAUUGACAACUGAUCUGGGAUUUUUGGAAGAUUUGUCCAUUGGAGUGCUUCAUUCUGGCAGCAGGCCAUGAGACUAGGAAACUGAAGUAACGGUCAUGGUGCAUCCACCAGUAGCAAUUAAAUCAGCCAGAUUAAACUCUUGUUAUGUAAUAUCAAGAAAUGUUGAUCAUGUGAAUGUAAAUAUUAAACAGUAAUAUUAUUGCAGGGGUCAGUGGGAACUAAGAGUAGACCACAAGUUCCGGCAAUUACCUCAAACUAGCUAGUAGUUGUAGAAUGUUUGUAUUGUGAGUAACUAAUCUAUGGAAACUUGGAGGUCUAUUGAUGGUUA